CUGGCUGUUAUUCUUCUGUUUCUUCUCUCAGUGUCUGAGCUGAGGGUUGUUCUGCUGGGAGGCAGCUGCACUGAGAGGAGAGACGUGGGGAACUUCAUACUGGGAGUGGAGGAUUUUAACUCAGAACCUCAGUUCUGUGUGAGAGUCAGUGGAACUUUGGAAUCAGAGAAAAAGAUAUCUGUCAUCAACACUCCAGAUCUGCAGGUUUCUACUGUGGACAAACAGUUCAUUAAAGACUGUGAGAGAGCCUCUCAUCCUGGACCUCAUUUGUUCCUGUUGGUGGUGCAGCCUGAAGGCUUCACUGAGAAACACAAAAAAAGCUUCUGUAGGGUUCUGGAAGGAUUUAGUGAUCGAUCCUUUGAUCAUUCACUGAUUCUGAUGCUGCCGCCCAGACAGCAGCGUUCAGCUUUCAUGGGGAUAAUCACACUCCAGCGUUCAGCUGAGAUGGAGGAUCUCAUGCUGGAGCCUCCACUAAAGGAGUUGAUCAGAAAAUGUAGAGACAGAUAUGUGAUGCAGAAGAAUCUGGAGCUUCCAGAGCUGCUGACACGCUUUGAUCAGAUUGUUAAAGAGAACAAUGGAGAACACCUGAUGUGUGAAGUGUUUGAGGACACAUCUGAGGACCUCAGAGCUCCUUCAGCAGCUGAUGAUCAGAGCCUGAGACCAGCAGGUCGUCUGGUAGAAGCUGCUAUGGAUGCAGUUUCUGCCUUCAGGGUCGUGAUUCUGGGAAAAAGUGAUAAGAAAAAGACUAAACUUGGCAACUUGAUUGUUGGACACCAAAGUUUUCAUGAGAAACAGUCGUCUUUCAGUGUGGCGUCCUGUGGAGAGUUCAGAGGGAAAGCAGUGACCGUGGUGAAAACUCCUGACAUGUUCAGUCUGUCUGUGGAGAACCAGAAGAAAAACGUAGAGAACUGUGUCAGACUGUGUCCUCCUGGACCAAAUGUUCUGCUGCUCUUAGUGAAGCCUUCAGAUUUCACAGAGCAGGACUUAAAAACUCUGAGGUCCAUCCUGAGUUUGUUUGGUGGAGAUGCCUUCAGACACUCACUGGUCAUCAGAACACAUGAGAAGGAAACCAGCAAAACCUUUGAUGAGCUCCUGAAAGACUGUGGAGGGAGACUUCAUAACAUGUUUGAGGAAGAUCUGGAGCUGUUAAUUGGGGUGAUCCAGAGGAUUGUGGAUACAAACAGAGAAACAUUACCUUCAAAUUCAGAGCCCCUCCUGACUGAGAAACAAAGGAAACCGGCUCUGAACCUGGUCCUGUGUGGGAGGAGGGGAGCCGGGAAGAGCUCAGCAGCCAGGGCCAUUUUAGGUCAGACAGAGCUUCUCUCCAGCUCAUCAGAGUGUGUCAGACAUCAGGGAGAGGUGUGUGGACGUGUGCUUUCUCUGCUGGAGCUGCCAGCCUUGUGUGGAAAAGCUCCGCAGGCCGUGAUGGAGGAAUCCUUCAGGUGUGUCUCCCUCUGUGAUCCUGAGGGCGUCCACGCCUUCAUCCUGGUCCUCCCUGUGGCUCCCCUCACUGAUGAAGACAAGAGGGAGGUGGAAAUCCUCCAGGACGUCUAUGGCUCUCAGCUGAAGGACUUCAUGGUGGUUCUGUUCACUGUGAAGUCAGAUCCUACAGAUCCAGCUGUUGUUAACUUUGUAGAAGGAACCAAACACAUCCAGGAGCUCUGUCAGAGCUGUGGAGGAAGAUCUCUGGUUUUCAACAUCAGGGAUGGGCACCAGGUCCCAGAGCUGCUGCAGGAGGUGGAGAGGAGGGGACUUGAAGCAGGUUAUACAGCCAAAACAUUUACAUUUGCUCAGAUGGAGAGAGCCAUGACGAGAAGGAUGGAGCAGCAGGCGGCAGAAGCUGAACUGGAGCGGAAACAGAUGGACAAACAGCUGAAAGACAUGCAGGAGGAGAUCAACAGACUUUUGCAAGAGAGGAGGCAAGCAGAAGAAACCAGAGCUCAGGAAGACUCACAGAAGAAAAGAGAAGAAGAAGAUCUGCAAAGCGAGCUACAGCAAAGACUCCAACAUUUGCAGGAAAAGCUGAGAACUGAGUCCGAAUCAAAGGAAACGAUUCAUAGAGAGCUGGAAGAGUGUCAAGAAGAGAUGAGACUUCAGCAGGAAACCUGGGAGAGGGAAAGGAUGGAUUUAAGGGAGAAAAGAGAACAAGAGGACCUAAAGAAGCAAGACAUGCUCAGAAAACUGCAAGAAGAGUAUGAGCAGGAGAGAAAAAGAUAUGAAAGUAAAAGAAAAGAGGAGGAAAAAGUCAGAAAAGAGGAGGAAGAAAGACAGCGGCAGGAGUUACAGGAGAGACACGACAAAGAAAUUCAGAUGCUACAGAGGGAGGUCAGAAGAAAAGCAGAAGAACACAACGAGUUCAUGGAGACAAAGGACAGAGAGUUUGCAGCUCUGAUAGAAAAACACAUGGAGGAGGUGAAGAAAAAGCAGGAGGACUAUGAAAGACUUAAAGAUCUGUCAGACCACAAAGAAAAGAGGCUGGAACAAACACUGGACGAAAUGCACAACAAACACAAAGAAGAAAUGGCUACUCUGGUGCUCAGCAUUCUGACUCAGAAGAAAGAAAACAGGAAACAAAUACAAUCACUGCAGAAAACUCAAAGCAAAGAGAUGGAGAGCCUUAUGAAAAGCCUCUCAGUGAAGAACAGGAGGAAGGAGGAGGAGCAGACCAGAAAGUUGAAGGGAAAACACAAAGAGGACAUGAAAGAGUUCAGGAUGCAGCAUUCAAACCUGAGCAGAGAGCAGAUGAAACUAAAAACCCAGAAGCGGACCAUCGAACAGGAACAGGAGUUAAACAAGCUGAAGCUGGAGCUCCUGAAUCAGCACCAACAGAACUUGAAGCAAGAAGUAGAGCAGCUGCAGAGGAAACACGAGCAGAAGCUCCAGGAGCUCAAAAGAAACCUUCUGGAGGAGAACGAAAAACACAUGAGGGAACAAUUAGACAAACUGCAGGCCAGACAUGAAAAGGAAACCAAUGAGUUGAAAGGGCAGAUGUCACAAAACGAGGAGAACUACGCCGAACUGGAGGAGCUGCAGAGGAAACAUGAGAAGGAAAUGAAUGAGCUGAGAGGGAAAGUUCUUUCCAGGGAGGAGAAGACCUGCCUCGUGUCAUGA